AAGUAUAAAUAUAUCAGCUCCAUCAUCCGCCAUGCUUUCGGUGUUUUAUAGACAGAGAUAGAAAGAACGCUUUAAGCACGAGGUGUUGUUGGUUUGUAAUUUGAUCACAAUAACACAUGUUCGAUCUCUCUCUCUCUAUUAUCAGUUAAUUAGGAUAGGGUUUUCCUUUCGUUCCUUUUUCUUUUCCCUUAAUCUAAUCUCUGUCACAAUUUUUCUUCUAUUGUUCCUCGGAUUCUCGCCCCUUUCAGAGUUUGAUUGAUAUGGACAAUUGUGAGGAUGGUGGGGCUCAUUCUGAACCUCCUGAUCCGGAUAUUCUUGAGGUGGAUCCAACUUGUCGAUAUACAAGAUACAAGGAGGUGCUUGGAAAAGGUGCUUUCAAGACUGUAUAUAAGGCAUUCGAUGAAGUUCAUGGACUUGAAGUAGCAUGGAACCAAAUUCGGAUUGAUGAGGUGUUACAGUCACCUGAAGACUUAGAGAGGCUUUACUCUGAAGUACAUCUGUUGAAAUUGUUGAAGCAUAGCAAUAUUGUUAAGUUUUAUAAUUCAUGGAUCGAUGAUAAAAACAAGACUGUUAAUAUUAUAACUGAGUUAUUCAGUUCGGGUAACCUGAGACAAUAUCGAAAAAAACACAAGAAUGUAGACCUGAAGGCUGUGAAGGGUUGGGCUAGACAGAUUUUGAUGGGUUUGAGCUACCUUCAUAGUCACAAACCUCCAAUUAUACAUAGGGAUCUGAAAUGUGAUAACAUAUUCAUCAAUGGUAACCAAGGGGAAGUAAAAAUUGGAGAUCUUGGUUUGGCAACUGUCAUGGAGCAGGCAAAUGCCAAAAGUGUAAUAGGAACCCCUGAGUUUAUGGCACCUGAGCUAUACGAUGAGAAUUAUAAUGAGUUGGCUGAUAUAUAUUCCUUUGGGAUGUGCAUGCUGGAGAUGGUUACUUUUGAAUAUCCUUAUAGUGAAUGUAGGAACUCAGCUCAGAUAUAUAAGAAAGUUUCAUCUGGAAUAAAGCCUGCUGCCCUAUCUAAGGUAAAAGAUCAAGAAGUAAAACUUUUUAUUGAGAAGUGCUUAGUCUCAGCAUCGCAAAGACCGUCUGCAAAAGAGCUUCUAAUGGACCCUUUUCUUGCAUUAAAUGGAUUAGCAAGGAACCGUCCCUUGCCACUUCCAGAUAUUGUUAUGCCCAGGACUGCAGCCUUCGGAGAUCGUUGUUUGAUGUCAGAAGGACCUGCCAAUGCACGAAAUAAACCUCCCUCGAUGGAUUUGGAUCAUGAUCCUGAGAUGCCCAUCAUCACAUUAUUGAAUAAAGCUCUUGAUGGGCAUUUCCAUUGUGUGGAGGUUCGAAGGGCAAAGAGGGGCAAUAUUUUCUUGUUAAGAGGUGAAGGAAGUGAUGAAAACUCUGUAUCAAUAAUACUUCGAAUAGCUGAUAAAAAGGGGUCUCGGGUUAGGAAUAUUCAUUUCAUUUUCUACCUUGAUGGUGAUACUGCUCUCUCAGUUUCAAGUGAAAUGGUUGAGCAGUUAGAGCUAGAAGAUCAAAACAUCACAUUUAUAGCAGAGCUCAUCGAUUUGUUAUUGUUGAAAUUAAUACCCAAUUGGAAACCUUGCGUUCGCAUCGAGCAUCUAGUUCCUCGAAAUAAAAUAGUAAACUCUAGGGGAAGCCAAAAGAACUAUCAUUCAUUAGAAAAUGGGGAGAAUGUUGUAGGUUUUUUGCAAAAUGGUUCUGAAACCGUCAAUUUUUUUAGGACUUCAAGUUGCCUUGACUCUUGUUCUCUAGGAGGGUCAGUUCCAACUACAGAAACAGAUGAAAUUUCAAGUGUUAUGAAACUUAAUGAGAUGGUAUCCCAUGUUGAUGAGUUUAGUAACCAGAGUGCAACAGGAGCCGAUGAUCGGUAUUCUGAGAUGUCAUAUGUUUCUGCCGCUUCUAGUGAUUGGAAUGGUAAAAAGUUAUCUUUCAAUUCAAACUUAUCCACAGACUCGGCGCUCACAGAUUUUGAUGGGCAUGGAUUAAAAGGUGCACUGGGGGAGGUUUUUGGCAGGAUGGAAAUUACAUUACCCGAUGACAAUAGCAAAUUCAUGGACAUUAACAACACCCAUAUGGAAAUCUCUUCUAGUUAUCCAACGAGUAUUUCCUCAUUGCAUAAGAAUGAUGAUGAAGAUUUGAGAAGGGAGCUGGAAAAGAUAGAGGCGCAAUAUCAUGAGGAAAUUAAAGCCAUAUCAAAAAAAAGGCAUGAAGCUAUCUUGGAGACAACAAAGAGGUUGUCUUAGAAAAAUGUUUGUUAUUCGACUAGUUGUUGCUUACUUGUUAUUGUUACACAAUCUCCCAAUGCUAUUUCUCACUCCAUUUAAUUUGCGAUCAUUAUUGGAAGUGUAAAUAUAUUUUUAUUUUAACACAAAGAUGAAGUGUAAAUGGGAUAUAUACUAUUUUUUUUUCCUUAUUUCGAUGCAAUGGGACUCAAUUUUAAUUCAA